AUGAGAUGGACCUGCGAGAAUUGGGAUGGUGGCAUUACAGUUGGUGGCGUGAAAAUCACCAACCUCCGAUACGCCGAUGAUACUACUCUUCUUGCAGCGAAUGAGUCGGAAAUGGUUGCGCUUCUGGACCGAAUGGAGCGGAUAAGCAAGGAGAUGGGACUUUCCAUAAACAGGUCCAAAACCAAAGUCAUGGUGGUGGAUAGGUCUGGAAAAUUGGAACUCACUGGCGCAUUAGACCUAGAAAUAGUGGACAAUUUUAACUACCUGGGUUCCAACAUUACUAACAAUGGCUCGUGCGAGAAGGAAGUGCGCCGGAGAAUUGGUAUGGCUAAGAGUGCCAUGACUCAGCUCGGAAAAAUCUGGAGAGAUCGCAACAUAUCCGUAAAGACCAAAACCAAACUGGUACGGACUCUAGUUUUCUCGAUUUUUUCGUAUGGCGCUGAGACCUGGUCACUGAAAUCUGCAGACCGCAGACGCAUUGACGCCUUUGAGAUGUGGUGCUGGAGAAAGAUGCUGCGUAUUCCGUGGACAGCAUUUCGGACCAACGUAUCAAUCUUGCAAGAACUCAAAAUCUCCUCGCGGCUGUCAUCCGAGUGUCUUCGCUGA